AUGGAGGAUGAUCCCGUUUUAACGGACGUGGGACCAGAAGAUGGUUACCUCCUUGUCAGGAUUCACGUGCCGGAAUUGAACGUGCAAAAAUGUUUACAAUUUCCAAGGGAUCAACUCGUUUGGGAUGUCAAACAACAAUGUUUGGCGGCUUUACCGAAGGAAUUGAAAGAAUCGUUUAAUUACGGACUCUUUUGUCCGCCGCAAAAUGGAAAAGCUGGGAAAUUCCUAGACGAAGAAAGAAGGUUGGGAGAUUAUCCGUUCAACGGUCCCGUGGGAUAUUUGGAAUUGAAGUACAAAAAAAGAGUUUAUAAAAUGCUUAACGUCGACGAGAAAUCCCUUAAAUCCCUGCACACGAGAGCAAAUUACAGGAGAUUUUUAGACUACGUCAACAACGCUCAAGUCGAAAAGAUCACGAAAAUGUGUUCGAAAGGUUUCGAUCCGAAUUUUCAUUGCGCCGAAACCGGUGAAACGCCGCUCACUCUAGCUUCCGGAAUUAAAAAACCGGAAAAAGUUCUCAUAGCUUUGGUCAACGGCGGAGCUCUUUUAGAUUACAGAACCAAAGACGGUGCAACAGCAUUGCAUCGAGCUGUGGAUCAUAAUUCUCUGGAAGCACUCACGACGCUGUUGGAACUCGGUGCGAGUCCAAAUUACAAAGAUGCCAAAGGAUUAACGCCGUUGUACCUUUGCGUGACGAACAAAUCGAAUCCGAUGCUGUGCGAAACUUUGCUCCACGAUCACGCCGCGAUCGGUGCUCAAGAUUUGCAAGGUUGGAGAGAAGCACAUCAGGCUUGUCGGAACGGUUUGGUCACACAUCUCGAACACAUACUUUUUUACGGGGCGGACAUGAACGUGAGAAACGCAUCCGGUAACACGCCCCUACACGUUUGCGCCGUCAACAAUCAGGAAAGUUGCGCGAGGCUUCUUCUCUUCAGGGGUUGCGACAAGGAAGCUUUGAAUUAUGCCAAUCAAACGCCUUAUCAAGUUGCCGUCAUAGCUGGAAACCUCGAACUCGCUGAUAUCAUACAAUCGCACAGGCCCGAAGAAGUCGUCCCUUUCCGCGAGCCCCCGCGUUACAAACCGGGACGACGUGGGAGCAGGAAGAGUUUCUGCGGAGAGCAACGAGUCGAAACAACACCAGGUCGGUUGCCCUCGCCCUCGCUAUCCCUCAGGAGUUUAUGUCCUUUCAGUUCGGCAAGUUCGAGCUUGAGCGAAACAAGCUCGGCGAGCGGAGGUAGCAAUUCCGCGAGUUACAUAAGCAAUAACACAGAUAAAUCUUUGGGAGAUACGAGCGACAUAAUUUCGGAUAGUUCAGGAGUGGGUACAUCAAACAGCGACACAACGAAUCCAUCAAUAACGUUACCCGGCACGACCGUCGUCUGCACGGAAAGUUACAGUUCGAAUAUUCCGGGUCAUUUGAGCAUAGCUCAAGGAGACAUAUUGGAAGUUACUGGAGCGACAGACGAUGGUUAUCUAGAGGGAAACCAUAGAAAUCAACCCCUCGGUUUAUUUCCCGCUCAUUGCGUUCAAGAAGUCAGGUUGCGAACGCCAAAUCCUACCAUUCCAUUUACGAUAAUAGGAAGUCAAAAUAAUGACGGAAAUGGUACGAUCGGUGGACCUCAAAGGUCGGCAUCGAGUUCGAGAGUUCAAGGAAGGCGAGAAAUACAAAAACAUUUUGCCACGGCUCCGAGACUCAAAAAAAUUUUGCCAGCCGAACCUCGUACGGUUGUCCUUCACAGAGCGAGAAAAGGAUUCGGUUUUGUUUUGCGUGGUGCCAAAGCAUCGAGUCCCCUCAUGGAACUCACGCCUAACGAUCGAUGUCCCGGUUUACAGUAUUUGGACGAUGUAGAUAAAGGAGGAGUCGCCGACAUGGCCGGAUUACAAAAGGGAGAUUAUCUCUUAGCCAUAAACGGUGAAGACGUGUCAGCUGCGAGUCACGAAAAAGUCGUGGAAUUAAUACGAAAAUCUGGGGAUUUAGUUCAAAUGACGGUCGUUUCCGUGAGUUCGCCCACGGGUUUACCAGUUUCUAAAUCCACGGCGAAUAUUUCCGGUGGUCCUCCGGGACGAGGUUACGCGACGCUACCUCGAAAACUUACAAACGGACCUUUAACCAACACGCUAGGUAGGUCGAUCGCUCCGUUACCACCGAGGAGAGAUCCGAAAACUACUCUGAGCGUGGGAAGAGCAAGAGCCAAAUCCAUGGUCGCGACAGUCAACGACGAAGAAGAAAUUGAAAAUAAUAAUAAUAAUUUGGUUUGUUCAAGCGUGGAAUCCGUUCACCAUCAUGAAUCUGGAAAUAGUACAAAUUGUCAACCCCGAACGGCAUCCGUUCGUUCGAGACCGAUUUCGUCGAGAAUAACGGCGACGGAAUUGGAAGAAUUAUUUCAAAGGCAAAAAGGUCUCAACACAUCGACAACAACGUCCUCCGGAUUAAUGACGAUUUCGAAUUUUCAAAAUAUCUGCAGCAGCAGCAGCAGCGGUCCGGGAUCACCGGCGAAAACUCCGAGAGUGUAUGCGAGCGUAGCCGAAAUGAAAAGGAGCAAAAGCAAGGGAAGUCAAAAAGUUCGAUUUUUCGGAAGCGGUUCAUCAUCGAAGAGUAACAUGGCGGAAAUGCAUCGAGAUUUUCAUUCGACUCCGGAUCUCGCCAACGGCAUACUCCUUCCUCUUGCCAAUGACGUCAUGCAAAAUAAACCUCACAGGAGUCAAGAAGAUCUUGGAUCGUUAUUUAGGCCUUUGCCACCGAGUCAUCCGCCCCCACCCGUACCUUCUUUGGGACAGAUCGUCAAAGUUGAAACGAGAUUAUCGAUUCCGGAUCAGGGUGGAAUAUUAGUCUCCAAAGGUGAAUACGUUGCUGCUAAAUCGAAUAAUAAAAACAAAGAUGGAGGAAUAGGAGGAAUAGGGGGAGUAGGAGUAGGAGGAGGAGGAGAUGGAGGAGAAAUAAUGUCUUCGUUCAGGCCGUCUGACAAUGCGAAAUUAUACGCAUCACCAGAAGAUGUAAAAACUGUCGGUUUUAGGUCUCGUCCACCGGUGAGCGAUUUGAGAUCGCCUCCUAAAUCAGGAAUUUCACUGGAAGGAGGAGGAGGAGGAGGAGUAGGAGUGGGAGAUAAAGUCAACGAUUCCAUACAAUAUGCUCAACCCAUAAGGCAACCGUCAAGGAGUCAAAGUUCAAUUUCGGGGGGCGGACCGACCAAGAGACAUUCAUUAGCCGUAAGUCACUUGACGAAUCCUCCACCGAUACCAGAACCGGAUUAUUCAUUAUCAGAGUCCGACGAAGAAGAAAACGUUUCGCAAAACAACAUGUUGGUGGAGAAAGAGACGAGUGGAAACUCCAAUUCCAGCACUUCGAGUUCUACCAGUUCUACGAUUGCUCACAGUUUCAGCGUCGAAGAAAUCCAAAAGGUCCGAACCAAGUUGAAGAGUUCCAAGUCUUAUCCGAACGACUUCAUCGUAGUCCAAAAUCCCGACGGAGAUGGCGAUAAUUCUUCGAGUGGAGUCUCAUCCGAUCAAGAAGUUCCCCCAUGUGGAUCACAAGGAUUAGAAGACUUGUCCUCGUCGUCGUCGUCGGCACCACCACCACCACCAUCGUUUCAACGUCAAAACUCCAUUAGGAUAAGUAACAAGACGCACAUGAACAAGCAGAAAACUCUCAAGUUGAUAACGAACGGAACCGCCGCCAGGAAUCCGGUGAGUCUCGCGAGUCUACCCCCUCCGAUAGGUGAAGUUUCCGUGGAUGAUGCCGGUGAGAAUGGAAUGGUCGCACCCCCGGUCGUUCCCCCGCCGCCGGAAUUUCUCAACGUCGCAGCAAACAAUCCCGAAAUGGAAGUCUUGGCUCCUCCGCCCCCCCAGUUCAGCGAUGGUAAAAUGGUGACACGUGUCAGAAUCGUCGGCGCCGUUCCAAAAUCUAAAUCCGUCGUCAACGAGAGCAAACAACACUGA